CACCUACUGCAUCUACAUAACUGCUGCACAAACUUUCAGCUCCCCCUCUUCUGCUCUUUCACUUCUCCUCUGUCUCCCCAUGUCAAGUUCCCUCUUGUUCCUCCUCUCCUCAAACCCUCCACCUCCUUUUAAUACUUGCAUCUAUUCCUGUCUCUUCACCUCCCUCCCUCCCUCUCUUUCUCUUCCUCUCCUUCCGGAUGCCAGGCUGCUUUUUGCUGCAUGUUAUACAUGCGCUGCUUAUCCAUGACCUCUCAAGUCCAGUGGGAUUCCUUGGUUUUCCUAUCGGGCAGGAUUAAGUAUAAAACCCAAGAAGGAGGAAUAAAUCAAAUUAGAGCCAGGAGAAGAAAGUCAGACGAUGUCCAGACUGUGAGGAGUAAAUACAGGAACAACCCCGGCCUCCGAACAUGAUCGGCUGCGAGGGCCUGAGGAGGUGAGACCCCGAGAGGCGCCCGCUCCAAUGGCGUGGACCGAACCAUGGUUGCAUCCAGACCAAAGGACAGCACCAAGACCAUCCUGCCGCCUCAGGGCUUUUCUAUCAGCCGUUUCUGGCGCCCAGCCUGCAUUUGUGCUGCCCUUCCUCCUCCUGCUCGCGGCCUGUAUGGCCGGGCCCCCACAGCCUGCCACCCCCCCUCUUCUAUCAGGACAGCCUUUUAUCAUCUUCUGGGGCGUCCGCGACUCUUCCUGCUCCAAUCGGCCAGAUCCCAGAACUUUUGGGAUGGAGCGCGAGGGCCGCGUGUCCGUCUUCUACGAGGACACGUUAGGAAAUUACCCCUAUUUUAUAAACAAGGACACGCCGGUGAACGGAGGGCUACCGCAGCACACGAAGCUGAACAACCACCUCCAGAAGACACAGCAGGACUUGGAGGCAGCAGUACCUGCUCCGAGAUACCUGGGGUUGGGGGUGCUGCGCUGGGCUGAGUGGGCCCCCCAGUGGUUCCGGAACAGGGAGAGACAGACAAUGUAUCUGGAAGCAUCGAGGAAACUACUCAAGACUUUCUUUCCUAACUGGACCCCAGAGGAGGUGGAGAGGUGGUCGCAGGUGGACUUCGAGGCAUCGGCCCAGUCGGUGAUAGCAGAAACACUGCGGGAGGUGCAGAGGUUGCGGCCCAAGGCAUUGUGGGGCGUUUCCCCUUACCCCAGCUGCCACAGCGGCAAUUACAGCGGCCAGUGCUCGGCUGCAGAGAUGGCCCUGAACGACGAGCUGCUGUGGCUGUGGAGGCGAUGCUCUGCCCUCUACCCCCUCCUCACCCUGGAGAAGCUGCAGAGCGGUACGCCUGGUUCCAGGCUGUAUUUGAGCAGUCGAAUAAAAGAAGCCCUGCGAGUGUCAUCUCUGACCGCCACAGAGGCUGACAUUCCUGUAUUCCCACUGGUCAAGAGUGUCUACACCUCAACGAACACGUUCCUAUCACAGGCAGACCUGGUCAGCACCAUAGGAGAAAGCGCUGCCAUGGGAACGGCUGGAGUUGUCAUCUGGGAGCGCAGCGAGACGAAGACAGAGAGAGAGUGUCAAGACCUGGCAGAGUUCCUGGGCAAAGUCCUGGGACCCUACUCUAAUAAUGUAACCAUGGCAACCCGACUCUGCUCAGCUUCUCUGUGCCAGGGAAAGGGCCGAUGUGUGCGGCAGAACGCUGAUAGCCCGGCCUACCUCCACCUCCCGCCUCCAUCCAGAGCUACGGAAAAGACGGAGGCAACAAAAGCCACAAAUCAGCAGGGCACAGACUCUAAAACAGCAGAACCAGACCCAGCUGAAAUGUGGAAGAAAAACUUCCAGUGCCAGUGGUACAAGUCCUCAGACGGGGACGCCUCGGAUCAGCAGUCCCCGAAAGAUGGUGCCUCCGUCGGGGGAACGGUAGACGCAAACUCAGCAGAAAUAGUGGGGACGACAACGGCUUCGACAGCGGCUUCGACGACGGCUUCCACCACAUCCUCAACAUCAGCAGCCACAUCAGUUUCUACAACAAGAGGGGUCUCUUUGACUGAGUCGAGGGAAAGCAGCUCAGCAAGUGUUGGAAGUCCAACGCCUUCACUCGAAUUGGCCUCAGACGCAGGUAGGACUCUGCUGGCGGCCCCAAGUCUGACUCUUCUGCUGUUUCUGCUGGCUGGAAACAUCUGCCUAAAACUUUAAGAGCUCAAACCAGCCACCUGGACGGUCUCUGCUUUAAUGACCCCCUUCCCAAGUGCCUUUGAGCAAGACACUGAGUCCCUGCUACUUGCAGGUGUGCGGCUUUGUAGCUAAAGAUCAAUGAAAACCAAGAAGUCUGGACCAGUGGUACAGACACCCGUUCAGCUUCGACGGGUAAUCCUGCCUUUUUCCAUGACAACAGAAACCACGCACGCAAGACUGAGCUGUUUGUGGUGCAUCGACUCAACUCGCAAUGCGGUUUCAUCGUCGUUCCACUUUUUGUUUUGCUACUUGUUGCGUAUUGUCCUGGGUGAAAACAAUAUGAACAAAAUCUUUUUUUUUUUGCAUGUAAUUUGGCUGAACUGACCCUAUAGUCUGUUUGAAGCAAUGUUGCUGAUAGGAAAUAACUUUUGGAAGUUAAAUAUGAACAAUUUAACAAACUACAAAAAACACUGUAGACCUUACUGCUUUUAUUACACAUGUUCUGUCUGUUAAGCUGCUGCACAAUUUUGCAGAGCCCUCUAGCGCCCUCUUCCUGAGAUGCAGUGAAACUGCACCACUCGCUAAAAAGGCCUAUAUAGUUAAUACUCAUAGAAACAAGACAGACAUGAAGAGUGGAAUAAAGCACAGGUUCAGGCUACUGCAGUUCUGAGGUCUCUGAAUGCACACUUUCACAAUAUCAAGGUUUCAUUUAGAUAUUUUAAACAAGGGCAGCAUCAACAUUCUCCCAUGAAAACUGAAAAGGCACCUUUAAAUGAUUGUAAAUGCAGUAUGUAGUGAAUCAGAGGGCAACGCUAUAGGUGCAUCAAACAGCACAAGAUUGUAGCUCCUAUGAGCCAACACACAUUUACUAUAAGUGUAUAUAUAUAUAUAUAUAUUUUAUAAGUCAGUUUUGUUUGUACCUGAUUCCUCUCACAACUUCUGG